UCUCUCCUUAGCACAUUUGCAAGAAAAAUGGCCGGAUACGAGGGUCAUGUUAACAAAAGACAAAGAGUUGACGAUACACAUUAUGACAGAGAAGACAGACACAACCCUGAACCAUCACCGGUGGUCCACGUUAGGGGAUUAUCAGAAUAUAUCACUGAGGCAGAUUUGAUGCAGGCUGUGCAGCAUUUUGGAACUGUGAAUUACAUUAUGAUGAUGGGGAAGAGACACCAGGCUCUAGUUGAAUUUGCUGAUAUAUCUGGAGCAAAAAACUGUGUCAACUAUUCCUUGAACAAUCCAAUUUAUGUUGGACAGCAAGCAGCAUUCUUCAACUACUCAACUAGUCAAAGAAUUCAAAGGCCAGCACCUGGGUAUAAUGAUCCCAAUUACAUGAUGGGAGAUGACCCUAAUCGACCACCAAACCAUAUACUAUUAUUCACAGUCUUGAAUCCACAAUAUCCAAUCACUGUGGAUGUUAUGCAGACAAUUUGUUCAGCCCAUGGUCAAGUGUUGAGAAUAGUCAUCUUCAAGAAGAAUGGUGUCCAAGCUAUGAUUGAGUUUGAGAAUGUUGACUGUGCUACUAGGGCCAAGCAGGCAUUGAAUGGAGCAGAUAUUUAUUCUGGUUGUUGUACACUCAAGAUUGAGUUUGCCAAUCAAACAAGACUCAAUGUAAUCAGAAAUGACUCAGAAAGUUGGGACUACACAAACCCUAAUCUAGGAAAUGAACCACCAGGAGCAGGACGCCCACUUUUACCAGAUCCUAGAUAUCAAGGUCAGCAAGCCUCUUAUGGGUCAGGACCACCACCACCUCAGGGAGGUUACUCACAAGGCCAAGGGGGGUACCAACAGCCUCCAGGAUCAGGAUAUGGACCCCCUCCACCACCACAGGGAGGAGGGUACGGAGGAGGCCAGGGAGGAUAUGGUCAGAGCCAAGGCUAUGGACAACCACAGGGAGGGUACGGAGCACCUCCUUCAGGAGGCUAUGGUGCACCACCACCCCAGAACAGUUAUGGAGGUGGAGGGGGGUAUGGUGAGGGUGAUGGAUAUGGAGGAGGUUAUAAUUCAGGACCACCAAGAAGUGGUGGAUAUGAUGACAGGUAUCCACCAAGAGACCGAGGAUACGGAGAUAGAGGGAGCUAUGGUUCUGGAGAUAGAAGGGGAGAUAGAGGUGGAUACAGAUCAGGUUAUAGUGAUGGACCCCCUGGAGCCAGUGGACUCUCCCAGGGAGCAGUAAUUAUGGUGUAUGGAUUGGACAAUGAAAUGAACUGUGAACGUCUAUUUAAUCUCUUCUGUCUCUAUGGCAAUGUAGUUAGGAUUAAGUUUUUGAAGAGCAAGGAUAAUGCUGCUAUGGUACAGAUGGGCGAUGCCUUGGCAGUUGAUAGGUGUAUGAACAUGUUAAAUAAUACAUACUUCUUUGGAAACAAACUACAGUUAGGACAUUCUAAACAAGCUUUCCUUAAGGAUGUAGCCCAACCACAUGAUUUACCAGAUGGCACCACUUCAUUUAAAGAUUUUAUGGGAAGUCGUAACAACAGAUUCUCUAAUCCUGAAGCUGCAAGCAAAAAUCGUAUUGUAGCACCGACUGAAAUGCUUUACAUGUAUAACAUCCCACCUAAUUAUUCUGAAGAGGAAGUCCUAGAGUUGUUUGACAGAAGUGGGGCAAAGAAACCAUCCAAAGUAAAAAUCUUUCCCAGUAAAAGUGAAAGAAGUUGUACUGGUCUAUGUGAAUUUGAAAGUAAAGCCUGGGCUAUUGAGGCUCUGAUCUUGACAAACCAUGUUUCUAUAGAUAAUCCAACUGGUAAGGCACCAUUUAUCUUCAAAUUGUGCUUCUCGCCAAACACCAUCUCAGAGGUCGGAGAAAGGCGAGAGAGGAUGGAGAGGGUCAGAGGAGGAGGAGACAGAGGGGAUAGAGAAGAUAGGGAGUGAAUAGGUCAUGUGAUACGACCAUGUGAUGUCAGACAUUUUGUCUGAUUUACUGUUGUGUACAUUGAAAUAUCCUGUUACUGUAUACGUGUGUGUAUAACAUGCAGUUUUCACUGAAACAUUUCAUUGGAUAUUUAAUAGAUUUUCAUUUCUUAAUUAUGACAAAAGAAAUUUUUUCAAGGUCUAUGUUAAUAUUCAUAAAAUCUUGUUUUCAAAAAAUGUAAUAGUUCUAACUAAUUUGUAUAUGUUACAAGAUAGGCUGUCCUUGGAAAGUAUGAUUUUAGAUGUUUCAAAUGGGCAAAGUUUUAUAUUUUAUUCAUAAUCUUUCAUUUUGCAUCACAUUCAUAUGUAUCAUGUAUAAUAGGGAAAUAAGAUAUCUCUUGAAGCAUUAUCUCAAGUGGGCAGCUAAACUUGUGAAAAAACAUUUUUGAUUACUAACAAAUGAUAAUGAGGUUAAUGACUAGAAAAAGAAAUUUUCCAUUAUUAUUUAGAUAGAAAAUAUACUAGAUUAUCAAGAUGGGUUUAGCCAAUCAUGUUGUAUUGUUAAAUUCUGCCAGGAAUAUAACUAAUGAUUCAUUGAAUUAUUCUAAUAUGAAUUCAUCAAUGCUUUGAUAAACCUAUUGUGUCCACAAGUGAGGAUAAAAGACAACUGUAAUAAUGUUUUGUGCUUUAAACUUUUAUUGUUCGUCAUUCAUCCCAUUAUAUAGUUAAAUUGGUAGUACAACCAAGUGUUGGAUUGCAGGAUUCUCAGCAAUCAUGAUCCAUUAUUUGUAUCACCCAUCUCAUAUAUGUUGUUGUACAUUUUUUAAUUCAAUCAAUUCUGUAGAACUUAUACACCAUGUUUAGAAAUACCAUUGAAAGAUCAGUUUUAAGUCCUAAGGUCUUGUCAUCGCUAUAAGUUUUAAUUCAUUUAUAUUGUCAGUGAUUUAGAUAAACAGAUGUACGAGGGUGUGGGUGGGGAUUUACAGAAUAGAGAAUAAUGGCCUAAAAGAAUUAAUGAUAACAGAAAUGAAGGACCCCCAACCAGACCCUCAUGUACUCAGUUAAAUCAAACAAAAGAGAUCAUAUUGCAUACAAUAAUGGACAGCAGAAUCUCAUUCAACCUUUCUUUAUGAGGGAGUACAUCCACUUUUAAAAUGCAUGUGCUGAUAUGUAACCAGAUAGUUAACUAUCUAAUCAAUGGUAUUUUUAGUCCAGGUGUAAUGUAUUUUAACUAAUGGAUUUGUCUGUAGAAAUAAUAUUUCUUGUUGAAAUAAAAAGACAAUUUUUCAUACUA